AAGAUCAGUUGCUAGUUAAGAUUCAUACUAGCUUUCUACAGUGAGCAGCCAUGCCGUCCGAGCUAGAGACCGCCAUGGAGUCCCUCAUCAUGGUAUUCCACCGCUACGCUGGAAAAGAGGGCAAGACUGGCACCCUGACCCGCCGUGAACUCCGAACCCUGAUGGAGAACGAGCUCUCUGGGUUUCUCAAGUCUCAGAAGGAUCCGACCACCAUAGACAGAAUUAUGAAGGACUUGGAUGCCAAUGGAGAUGGGGAGGUGAACUUUGAGGAGUUUGUGUCUUUGGUUGUGGGUUUGUCCAUCGCUUGUGAGGCGUGCUAUAGAAUGCAGUUAAAGAAGACACCGAGCUGGAAAUGAAGGGGGAAAUUAUCCAUGCAGACAAAUUGUAAAGUUGAUCCCGUUGUCUAUUAAAAUACCUGAUUGUUUUUUAUUUUUAUUCUGAGUUUGUGUUUGUGUGUACAUCAGUAACUGACGAAAACCAUAAAAACGUCUUUCGCUGGUAGGUUAAAGAACAGUGGGUGUGUAUGACUCUUUGGCCUACAGAUAGUAUUCUUUGAACUUUACACUGUCUGUACUGAAAGCAAAUAUGUUUUUAUUUAAAAUAAAGCUUUAAAAUAUUAAA